AUGAAGAUAUUGAUACAAGUACUGUUUUGUUUGUCAAUUUUGUUUUCAAUUUUCCCCAACUCUAAUUCAAAGUCUCAAUUACCGUAUCCAAUAAAACACAAUCUGUUUCAAUCGACCUUCAAAAUAAACGAAACUAUCACUUAUUAUAACCAUCGCUUAAUUAUUGGUCAUAUUGUAACCAUCCCAUGUGAGUAUGAGGGUGUAAAGAAAUACCCAAAUUCCACUGAUAGUAAUGAGUUAGUUAUUUACCAAUGGUUAUUCAACGGUAGACAGUUGUUACCGCAUAGGGCAUUUUUUAAUGCAGACUGGGAUAUUCACGGAUAUUUAACAAUAUGGGCUAUGAUGGCUAAACCAGCUAAUAUCUGGUGUCAUAAACGUGUUAUUAAUCAUUACAAUAUUGCUUAUGAUUAUUAUUAUUCACAUCAAAUCAAUUUUAUUAAUUUAGCCGUAUUACAACAAAUAGUCGGUGUGAAAAUAGACGUUCUAAUGAAUGAAGAAGCCAUGUCAAGGAAGUGUAAGCAAGACAAUUACACAUGCGACUGUCAAAUGAUGACUGGCAUUAAUGCAACUGUUUAUGGAGAAGAUAUAGACCGGCCUAAACACUAUAUAUUACAAAGUUUUGAAGAAUUUUUGGGGCAUCUCUGCGAAAAUGUAACAUUUUGUACUAAUUAUUAUGUAGAAGAUUUUCUCUGUAUGAAUACGUUGAACGAUUCAACGUCAACACAUUAUAUUGAAUUUGCUUUCAUUCUGGAUAACACUAGGAAAUACUUACGGUCAACUGAGGGUGUUAAACUUCUCGACGAGAUAAUAGAGAAGUUCGAAGAUAACUUACAUGAUGAAAGAGUUCGUAUAAGCGAAAUGCUGAAGAACAGAUUUUCACCUGAAUAUGCUGAGGUCCAUAUCACCCAUUUUAUGCGACCCCUUCACUAUUGUAUGGGACCAUCAGGAAAACUUGUGCCUUCAGCUAGUGAAUGCGAUUUAUGUCAGCCUGGUUCAUAUUAUCCAAGUCGCAUCAUUAAUCCGUCUCCACCUGUAACCGACAGCGAAUUCCGUCCAUUUAUGAAUGAUCAACCUGUAAUAGCAGAUAAACAUGCCAGAUCUGUAUUUUAUCCACACUGGAUUACAGACGAUGAUCCAACCAAUUGUCUUCCUUGUCCAGAAAAUACAUACUCAGAGGAAUACGGUCAGUCUGGAUGUCUACCGUGCCCCUUUCAACACAGUAUACCUACAGAUCCAAGAAGUGAUAUCCAACCUGUUGGUGGCAGUGACUGGUUACACAUAGCUUGUCCAAAAGAAGGACGCUCUGAAAUACGUAUGAUUCAAGUUAUACAGGGCAUGUUGGGCAGAGAAGCAGGCAAUUAUGUAAAACAAGCCUCAGUGCUGAAACGUGUUGGAAUUAUAUUUUGCAUACUUUGUCUUCCGGGUGUUAUUGCCGUACUCCUGGUAUUUAUUGCCUAUGUAUUAAUUGAUGUCGGGUCAACACUGAUACAAAUGGCUAACAGUCUACAUCCAUUACAAAUACAAAUAGCAGAGACAAGCACAGCGAAUACACGCUUCGAUGCAGACCAACGAAAGGCAGCUGAAGAGGUGUACAAACGCAUGAAAAGCGAUUGAAUAGUUUUCAGUUCAGU